AUGUUCAUCAAUGAUAUGAUGUGUAUCUCGACACAACCUGUUAAUUAUGAUCACCUUAGAUGGUUUAAAAAUAUAUUUAUUGCAUGUAGUACUACUCCGACAUCAGCAUUGAUCAACGACAAACGAUUAUUCUAUUGUAAUAUGUCGAAAACAUUAAUUUCAAUAUAUCGACUCGAUGAACAAUAUGAAAACUGCUAUCUUGGUGAAGAUUCCUAUUAUGAUGAUAAUGUCAGACGUAUUCUGAAUUUAACAGACUAUUUUAAAUGUCACACAGUUGAUCAAUGGUGGCCACGUCCAUUGAUUAGACUAGGUCGUUGUUCAGACAAAUCUGAUUUAUUGUACGUUGGUCAAUGUACGACAGCAUCUGAUUUUGGUUGUCAAUAUCUUCGCGGUAUUUAUUCACCACCUAUCAACUAUAUCUUUCGAGAAAAUUGUAAUCAUCAAGUUAAAUUACUUUAUUCGAUCGACAAUGAAACAGAUGAAACAAGUUGUAAUGCAUGGCCACCGGCCUAUUGUGACGGUUACUGGAAUGUCAUUAAUGGAGAAGACGAGCUCAAUUGCACAAAUACGACUCUGUCUUACAUUACACAUAGAGUUUUUCAAUGUAAUUUAAACGAACAUUACUGUGUAUAUUUAAAUGGAACUAUGGGUUGUUUAUCCAAAGAACGUGCAGGAGAUGGUUCUAUCGAUUGUUUGGGAGGAGCAGAUGAAAGAGCAAUAAUGUAUGAUUCUCACGACCGUAUUCAUGAAUUUUAUUGCUCGAAUACCGCUCGUCAAUUCAUAGAUGACAGUAAUAUUGGGUCUUCAGCUGAGUACUUAUUAAAAAAUUCACUUUGUGAUAACAUGAAAGACUGUCCUCAUGGCGACGACGAAUUAAUGUGUCAAUGGAAAGGAAAUGUUACAGGCUCUGAAAUAUUGGAUUUUAUGUGCCAUAAUGGCACAUCUAUUGAUCGUGAACAACAAUGCAACGAUAUUAUUGAUUGUCACCCAAACGCUGAAGAUGAAUGGUUUUGCGAUCUUUACAAGUUAAAAGAUUUGAAAUUUGCUCUGAAUAAAAUCGAAGCAUAUCCUUCUGUUAAUAUAGAUUCGACAUACCUACCGAAUAUUGCUGGAACUCGAUCAUACGUUGCAUCACGUCCAACUAAUGAUAUUUCAUACGAAAGUAUGAAACCACUCGAUAAUUGGUUUUGUAAUCGUGGUAUUAUCGUCAGAAAACGAUCUUCUACUGCUGAAUGCUUUUGUCCACCUAGUUACUACGGUCGAAGAUGUGAAUAUCAAUCGGAACGUUUGUUCGUUAUUCUUCGAUUAGAUAGACCAGUUAGCCUGAGUGGACAUCAAAAUCAGCAGUAUGCUAUUCGAUUAAUGGCUUAUUUAGUGCUUGAUGAUAUUGUAAUUCACUAUCAAGAAAUUCUACAUGCGACUUUCAUGAAACAAAUGUUUUAUCUCAAUUAUCCGCGUCCAGCACCAAAACCACGUGGCAACUGGACUGUUCGUCUCGAUGCUUUUGCUGUUACNGUUAUUCUUCGAUUAGAUAGACCAGUUAGCCUGAGUGGACAUCAAAAUCAUCAGUAUGCUAUUCGAUUAAUGGCUUAUUUAGUGCUUGAUGAUAUUGUAAUUCACUAUCAAGAAAUUCUACAUGCGACUUUCAUGAAACAAAUGUUUUAUCUCAAUUAUCCGCGUCCAGCACCAAAACCACGUGGCAACUGGACUGUUCGUCUCGAUGCUUUUGCUGUUACCAAAUACGAUGUCAAAUUCCAAGCAGCGUGGUUAUUUAAUGUUCCGUUUUCUUUCUUACCUGUUAAUCAACUUGCCUUACAUCUAACAUUGAACGAUUCAGAAACAUGUCGAACAUUGUUGUGUAUUCAUGGCCUGUGCAGAAAAUAUCUGAAUUCACCAAAUCAUGAAUAUUGUCAAUGUGAAGAUAAUUGGUCGGGUAAACACUGUAAUGUUACAACGACGUGUUCGUGUGCCGAAGGUAGUAAAUGUGUUUAUGGGUAUUUCAGAUCGAUAUGUGUCUGUCCUCUUGGUCGUAUGGGUAGUGAGUGUCAUGCACGAUUUAAUCCGUGUGAUAAUAUUCAAUGCCAAAAUGGUGGAACAUGUAUGCCAUUUGAUGAACGCGAAAAGAAGUUUGUUUGUUCAUGUUCCGAUGAAUUUUAUGGAGAUUAUUGUGAAUUAAGUCAUGCUAGAAUUGACAUACAGUUUUCAUCUUCUCUUUCUUUUCGUGAAAGUCAAUUAUCGACUGUGAUUAUUGUUUAUUUUCUCGAAUUAUCUCAUGAUUCAGAUGGUUAUUUAUCCAUUCAAAAUCGUUAUCUAUACAAGCAAGAACAACAAUUGAACAAACCACUUCGUAUCUUUAAUAAAAAUCAACAAAAUCUGACAGCAUUCGUUCUUCUUGAAAUCUUUUCUGAACCUUCUAUUGUUAAUUAUUACAUUGCGGCAAUUGUUAAACAAUAUUUGACAAACUUGAACACAAUAGUCGACCAGUCCAAUCGAUGUCCAUAUGUCGAUGAACUUCUUCGCAAUGAAACCAUUCGUCAAUUUCCGCUGAUAAAAAAGGUCAAAUAUUAUCGAUAUAUUUGCGAAAUGGAUUUUAUUGGCAAAUGUUUCCACGACGAAGCCUAUUUAUGUUUUUGUAACUCAGAUCAUCAGCCAGAUUGUCUCUUUUAUCCACAUGAGUCAGCACAAUGUGCAAUUGAUUAUUGUCAAAAUAAUGGACGAUGUGUACAGAACAAUUUCAAUGGAGUAUGGGACUUUGGCUGUGUGUGUAGUGAAUGUACAUAUGGAUCAUUAUGUCAAUUAACAACAUCUGAAUAUGCCUUCUCGUUAGAUAUGAUGCUCGGCCAAGAUAUUCGCGCAAACGUAUCGUUGUCUAAUCAGUCUUUCUUCAUCAAAUUUGUAUUGGCACUUUUUAUUCUGAUGCUAUUAUUUGGCUUUAUAUCAAAUUUGCUGUCAUUNUUCAAUGGAGUAUGGGACUUUGGCUGUGUGUGUAGUGAAUGUACAUAUGGAUCAUUAUGUCAAUUAACAACAUCUGAAUAUGCCUUCUCGUUAGAUAUGAUGCUCGGCCAAGAUAUUCGCGCAAACGUAUCGUUGUCUAAUCAGUCUUUCUUCAUCAAAUUUGUAUUGGCACUUUUUAUUCUUAUGCUAUUAUUUGGUUUUAUAUCAAAUUUUCUGUCAUUAAUAAUAUUUAAAAAGCAACUAAACGUCCAACAGUAUGGAUGUGGUGUGUAUCUCUUUUGCUUACCUAUAGUUGGUCAGUUUGGAUUGACUGUAUUCGUUGGUCGGUUCAUCUAUGUCUUGGGAACACAGUUGUAUAAUGUUAAUCAUCGAUCAGCUGCUCGUUGGAGUUGCGUCAGUCUGGAAUAUUUUCUAAGUACUUGUCCGAUGUUAUUUGAUUGGUUAACAGCAUGUGUGGCAGUCGAACGAAGUGUUAGUGUAAUCAAAGGUGUCGCCUUUAAGAAGCUCGACAGUGUUUGGUGGGCGAAACGGGUUAUUUGCUCACUUCUAAUCAUUGUUUUUCUCAGCUCUUGGCACAUACCAUUCAUCCAUGAUAUAAUCGAUGAUCCACGAGCAACAGCUCUGCACGUAUGGUGUGUUAUCAGAUUUCCACGGUCAUCACUUCGAUACUAUCGUCUUACAGUGAACUUGAUCAAUUUAAUUAUUCCAGGUUUGAUUAGUGUCGUCGCCACAGCAUUCACGUUGCACAAACAAACGCGCCUUAAACAGGCACUGCUGGCCAACGAUUCGAAAGAGAAAGGUUAUCUGAAAUCAUUGAAGAAACAGCUUCCCUUCUAUGGCAGCCCGCUUGCAUUGGUAGUUUUCAGUUUGGUUCGACUCAUCUUCUCAUUCACACUAAUCUGUAUUACUAAGCAAUGGCAAAAAUAUGUCUAUCUGACAGCCUAUUUUAUCUCUUUUACUCCAUUGAUGGGAACCUUUCCGAUUUUUGUUUUGUCAGCCAAGAUUUAUAGAACAGAGCUUGAAAAUUUCCGGAAACAAUUAGUUGAAAAAUUGCGAGGACCAUCGGUCUAG